UUUUUUCGCGCACACUCGGCAUUGAGAUCGAAACACGCUCGUCUUCUUCACCGGAACGAGCGAGAUUCGCACGCGUCGUUCGCCUGAAUCAGCACCACAGCAGCAGCAGCAGCAGCAGCGCGCGGCGCAGAGCCGGAGGAGGGGGGUGGCCACACGCCGAUGGCGAAAUCCAGCGCCGACGACGAGGAGCUCCGGCGAGCCUGCGAGGCCGCCAUCGAGGGCACCAAGGAGAAGAUCGUGAUGUCGAUCCGCGUCGCCAAGAGCCGGGGGAUCUGGGGCAAGUCCAGCAAGCUCGGCCGCCACAUGGCCAAGCCGAGGGUCCUCGCCCUCUCCACGAAGUCAAAAGGUCAGAGAACAAAAGCUUUUCUCCGGGUACUUAAAUAUUCCACUGGAGGAGUACUGGAGCCUGCAAAGCUGUACAAGCUCAAGCAUCUUUCAAAGGUUGAAGUUAUGACAAAUGACCCCAGUGGAUGCACAUUUAUGUUGGGAUUUGAUAACCUCAGAAGCCAGAGUGUUGCUCCAACUCAAUGGACAAUGCGCAAUAUUGAUGACAGGAACCGCCUUUUACUUUGCAUCUUAAAUAUCUGUAAAGAUGUCCUUGGUCGCCUACCAAAAGUAGUUGGAAUAGAUGUUGUCGAAAUGGCUCUUUGGGCUAAGGAAAAUACACCAACCGUCACUACUCAAAGAAACCUGGAAGACGGGCCUGUUGUUACUGCUGUAACAGAAAGUGACUUGAAAGUUACAGUUGAAAAAGAACUAGUCUCCCAAGCCGAGGAAGAAGACAUGGAGGCUCUUUUGGGAACCUAUGUCAUGGGAAUUGGUGAAGCAGAGGCAUUCUCUGAAAGGUUGAAACGAGAGCUUCUUGCAUUAGAAGCGGCAAACGUGCAUGCCAUUUUGGAAAGUGAACCUUUAGUAGACGAGGUACUGCAAGGACUUGAGGCAGCAACAAACUGUGUUGAAGAUAUGGAUGAAUGGUUAGGCAUCUUCAAUGUAAAACUAAGACACAUGAGAGAGGACAUUGAAUCGAUAGAGACUCGAAAUAACAAAUUGGGGAUGCAGUCUGUAAAUAAUAAAUCACUUAUUGAAGAACUUGAUAAGCUUCUUGAACGGUUGCGUGUACCAUCUGAGUAUGCAGCAUGUCUAACAGGAGGUUCUUUUGAUGAGGGCCAUAUGCUCCAAAAUGUUGAAGCAUGUGAGUGGCUGACAAGUGCAUUACGGGGCCUUGAAGUUCCUAAUUUGGAUCCUGGUUACGCUAAUAUGCGAGCAGUCAAGGAGAAGAGAGCAGAACUUGAAAAAUUGAAAAGUACAUUUGUGCGACGAGCUUCUGAGUUUUUGAGAAGCUACUUUGCUAGUCUGGUGGAUUUCAUGAUAAGUGAUAAGAGUUAUUUUUCUCAGCGGGGACAAUUGAAGAGACCUGAUCAUGCUGACUUGCGCUAUAAAUGCAGAACUUAUGCUCGCCUCCUGCAACAUUUGAAGAGUCUUGAUAAGAACUGUCUGGGUCCUUUGAGAAAAGCUUAUUGCAACUCCCUCAAUUUGCUUCUUCGCAGGGAGGCACGUGAGUUUGCAAAUGAGCUUCGUGCUAGUACAAAAGCAUCAAGAAAUCCAACAGUCUGGCUUGAAGGCUCUACCGGUCCUGGUCAGAAUGUGAACAAUUCAGAUACCUCCACUGUGUCUGAGGCGUAUGCGAAGAUGCUUACAAUCUUCAUCCCUCUUCUCGUAGAUGAGAGUUCUUUCUUUGCACACUUUAUGUGCUUUGAAGUUCCAGCACUUGUUCCACCUGGAGGUGUCAGUAAUGGCAAUAAAGCAGGAUCUAAUGACGACGACGAAGACGAUUUGGGAAUCAUGGACAUUGAUGAAAAUGACAGUAAAGCUGGUAAUGACUCUGCGGAGCUAGUAGCACUAAAUGAGUCCCUACAGGAUUUGCUUGAUGGUAUCCAAGAGGACUUUUAUGCUGUGGUGGAUUGGGCAUACAAAAUAGAUCCUUUGCGUUGCAUAUCCAUGCAUGGGAUCACAGAGCGAUAUAUUUCUGGUCAGAAAGCUGAUGCUGCAGGUUUUGUGCGUCUCUUGCUUGAUGAUCUGGAGUCAAGGAUAUCUAUGCAAUUCGGCCGUUUUGUUGAUGAAGCUUGUCACCAGAUUGAAAGAAACGAGCGAAAUGUUAAGCAAACGGGAGUUUUAUCAUACAUUCCAAGAUUUGCAACUCUUGCUACACGUAUGGAACAGUACAUUCAGGGACAAUCCAGGGAUCUUGUUGACCAAGCAUACACUAAAUUCGUUAGUAUUAUGUUUGUCACAUUGGAGAAAAUAGCUCAAACUGAUCCUAAGUAUGCUGACAUCUUUCUUUUGGAGAACUAUGCUGCAUUCCAGAACAGCUUAUAUGAUUUAGCCAAUGUCGUACCCACGUUAGCAAAGUUUUAUCAUCAAGCAAGCGAAGCUUAUGAACAAGCUUGUACGCGAUUUAUCAGCAUGAUUAUAUACUACCAAUUCGAACGGCUUUUCCAAUUUGCUCGAAAAAUUGAGGAUUUGAUGUACACUAUUUCUCCUGAAGAGAUUCCUUUCCAACUUGGAUUGUCCAAAAUGGAUCUUCGGAAGAUGCUAAAAUCCAGUUUAUCUGGUGUUGACAAGUCCAUCGGUGCAAUGUACAAGAAAUUGCAGAAGAACUUAACUUCAGAUGAAUUAUUGCCGUCCCUUUGGGAUAAGUGCAAGAAGGAGUUUCUUGACAAGUAUGAAAGUUUUGCCCAACUUGUUGCCAAGAUCUAUCCGAACGAGACCAUCCCAUCUGUAGCAGAAAUGAGAGAUCUUCUCGCAUCCAUGUAGUUAGAGAAAGAGUUUUGUACCGUAUAAUCUGUCAAUAGUGUCCUAUAUUCUUUCUUUGGGUGUAAUAUAGAUUUGGUAGGCUGAAUGAUUUCUCAUUUGUUAUAAUUGGUCCUUAACUAAUUUAUUACUGUAGUUCUCCUGGUUUCUACUAUUGGAUGAGAGAACCCCAUGUUUGUAUCAUUCUUCAGCUUAUUGUGCUACUAUUCCUUCUAA